AUGAGGUUGGACGUAAAGCUGUCGAAAGCUAUGAUUGCUUUAGCUGUGCCCGCGAAGCUGGAUAGCAUCAACAAUCUCAAAUUGAGGGAGACGAUUGUAGUUGGGAAUAUGGCAGCAGUUACUAAUUCGAUUUACAAAACUCAGAGGCAGUUAUUUGCUCGAUCGGAAAGAGUCAAGGGAAUUGAUUUCCAUCCAGUCGAGCCAUGGAUUUUAACAACCCUUUACAGCGGUCAUGUUUACAUUUGGUCUUACGAAACUCAGGCUAUUGUCAAGACAUUUGAGUUGACAGAUGUUCCUGUCCGAGCUGGUAGAUUCAUUGCUCGAAAGAAUUGGAUUGUUUGCGGUUCCGAUGAUUUUCAAUUACGAGUUUACAAUUAUAAUACUUCAGAAAAGAUCACCACUUUCGAAGCCCAUCCAGAUUAUAUUCGCGAAUCGUCUCAUUAUGUUAUGGGACUAGCUAUCAAUCCAAAGGAUACGAAUACCUUUGCAUCGGCAUGUUUGGAUAGGACCGUAAAGAUCUGGAGUUUGGGAUCAUCCACAGCAAACUUCACACUAGAAGCCCACGAAACGAAAGGUGUCAACCAUGUGGAUUACUACCCUCAAUCCGACAAACCGUAUCUCCUCACUACUUCAGACGACAGGACAGUCAAGAUUUGGGAUUAUACUACGAAGUCUUUGAUCGCAACUUUAGAAGGACAUACAAGCAAUGUUUCGUUCGCAUGCUACCACCCCGAAUUACCUGUCAUCAUCUCUGGUUCCGAGGAUGGCACAGUCAAAAUAUGGCAUGCAAAUACAUACAGAUUAGAGCAAUCCCUGAACUACGGAUUAGAGAGAGCUUGGUGUGUUAGUUACCAAAAGGGUAAACAGGGCGUUGCUGUCGGUUUCGAUGAAGGUGCGGUGGUUGUAAAGAUGGGUCGAGAAGAGCCUGCAGUAUCUAUGGAUAAUUCUGGAAAAUUGAUUUGGGCUCGACAUAGUGAAGUUGUCUCGUCUAUUAUCAAGGGUGGAGAUGCUUCAGUAAAGGACAAUGAACCAAUCUCCUUACCCACGAAAGAUCUCGGUACCUGCGAAGUAUAUCCACAAACUCUUCUCCACUCUCCAAACGGCCGCUUUGUAUCCGUAUGCGGUGAUGGCGAAUUCAUCAUUUAUACAGCUCUUGCAUGGAGAAAUAAGGCUUUUGGCUCGGCUUUGGAUUUUGUUUGGGGUUCGAAAGAUAACAGUAAUGAUUACGCGAUUCGGGAAUCGGGAACCAGUGUAAAGAUCUUCAAAAACUUUGUGGAGAAAAGUGGUGGUCUUGAUGUUGGCUUCCAAGCUGAAGGUCUGACAGGCGGAGUCCUUCUCGGUGUUAAGGGCCAAGGUGGUAUCGGUUUCUAUGACUGGCAAAGCGGUGGAUUUGUUAGGAGAAUUGAGGUUGAGCCAACAGAAGUAUACUGGUCUGAAAAUGGAGAAUUGGUCGCUAUUGCAUGUGAAGAUACCUUCUACGUCCUCAGAUUCUCCCGAGAUAAUUACAUUGCGGCUUUGAAUGCCGGAGAAGUCGAUGACGAUGGAGUUGAGGCUGCGUUUGAAGUUGUGACGGAUAUCAAUGAAACUGUACGAACUGGUGAAUGGGUAGGUGAUUGCUUCAUCUAUACCAACAGCACCAACAGACUCAAUUACCUCGUUGGUGAUCAAACCUAUACCAUCUCUCAUUUUGAUCAACCUAUGUAUUUGCUCGGAUACAUCCAGCGCGACUCUCGUAUUUAUCUCGCUGACAAAGAUGUCAACGUCACUUCUUUCGCCCUUUCUCUUGCAGUCGUCGAAUACCAAACUUUGGUCUUGAGAGAUGAUAUGGAUACAGCUGCAGAAGUACUCAGCACGAUACCAGGAGACCAACUUAACAAAAUUGCUCGUUUCCUCGAGGGCCAAGGUCACAAAGAAUUGGCAUUGGAGGUUGCAACUGACAGCGAACAUAAAUUUGAGCUGGCCCUCGCAUUAGGCCAUCUUCCAAUAGCUCUUGAACUUGCCCGUGAAGCAGAUGUCGAACAUAAGUGGAAGAUAGUAGGUGAUGCAGCACUUGCUGGUUGGGAUGUUGCACUUGCAGCUGAAUGUUUCAAGAAUGCAAGGGAUCUUGGUUCGUUGUUGUUACUUCACUCAAGUACGGGUGAUAGAGAGGGACUCAAAGCAUUGAGUGCACAGGCAAGCGAUGCUGGUGCACACAAUGUUGCAUUUACUUGUCUUUGGCAAUUGGGAGAUGUUGAUGGAUGUAUUGAGCUGUUGGUCAAAACUGGCAGAGCAGCAGAAGCGGUGCUAUUCUCACAAACAUAUAAGCCAAGCAUUACCGUCAAGACUGUGCACGCAUGGAAAGCUCAGUUAGAAAAUGACAAAAAGGGCAGGGUCGCCAAGACCGUUGGUGUACCCGGUGAAGAUGAGGAGCUUUUCCCUGAAUGGGAAGAAUAUUUAAGGUUAGAGCAGGAAGGUAAUGAGAACCUCAUUGAUGUUAAUGGGGAUGGACAUGAUAAGGUUAAUGGCGAUGGACCUGACCCUGAUGCUGAAGCUGUGGAGGAGGGUUCACUGGAGACAAAAGAAGAAGACGAUGAGGAAGAAUCAGAGGAGUAG